AUGGAGGCUGAAGAGGCCUCUGAGUCGGCGAUAAGGGCAGUAGAUGACACCGUCAUCUUGCCGUAUUUUCUCGAAGAGGUACAGCGACAGGAUCAGCACUGCCCGGGCUCCCGAGGGAAAAACUUCAGCCGAGAACGCCGUACUUUGCGGACACCUGCGUGCAGCAGGUAUGGCGGUGGGGUUUAUAGGCCUCAUGAGGGGCCGCUGGCUGCAGCUGUGGAGCGGCGCAGGGGCGCCUCGGCAGCCCUUUCGUUGGGCCACGGCGAAGCACCAAACGGGAGUGCUAGGGGACCCAUGGCGCAGGCCGAAUGGUUGACGGCAUCUCUUGAAUCCGCACUUAAGUCUUCGGACGACUUGCCCCUGGUGAACCACCUGCGGACGCUGACGUCGCGGCUCUUCAGCGAAAAUGAGUGGCUCAAGAGGCAAGCCCCGAGCAACGCCAGCUUCCAACAGGCUCAAAGGGGGAGACCGCCUCCCGUGCAUUCGCUGGACGCAGAGGAGGCAGUUCGACUUGCGCGCCGCUUGGCCCAGGAGAACUCGUACUUGGAGACAUUCAUCUCUACUGACGCCCGAGUGCUGCAAAGUGCAGCGCUGGUGAAGGCCCAGAGAGAGCGUGCAGAGGCCCUAGAGAACAACAGGCGGCUGCAGCAGCAGGCGGAAAAGGACCGACAGAUCAUUGUGGAGCUUGAGUUAAAGAGCCGCGCAUUCGCUGAUGCCUAUGCGUGGCUAACCAGUCACAACAGGAUGAUUCACGCCAAAGACGCUCCUGCGCUGGUGGCGUUGUGGCGCAGGAGAGUGGCGGCAGCAACCGCAUCGAAGAAGGGUUCCGUGGCGCCGGAGUUCACUAAGGAUUUGGCCGGGGCCUAUGCAGCUGCUGACUCAGAAGGGGACACUGAAACAGCGUCCGAAGACGGGCGUGAAAAGAAGACGAAGGAAGACCUCCUGAUUGCCGCAGAAUUGAGGGAGGCAGAGGCUGUGACUGAGGCGAGACAGGCCCAGGCGUAUGCAGCUCGGGCGGAGGCGCGAGCGGCUGCUGCAGAGCAGCAACUUGCUGUUGUGCAGACCCAGCUCGAGAGACUUAAGAACGCUGCCGCUGCUUCUGCUGCUUCCGCUGCUGCUUCUGCCUCUGCCGCCGCUCCGGCCCCCGCGAGUUGCCCUUCACCGACACCUCCUGGGGGCGCGGAGGAGGAGCAGCUGCAAGCGGCCCUAAGAGACGUUGAAAAGCGAGCAGAGGCCGCUGAAAACGAAUGCCUCAGAGAAACGGCGUCUUGA